UUCGGUGAAGCGACAGGGACGUGACAUGAGUUACUCGUUGUCUACAAAUCAUUUCAGGAUCGAUAACUCUUAAUUAUUUGUGUGCUUCUAUUGUUUUCGCUGGGCCCACGAUUCAGGGCAGCAACUCAUGUGACCAUGAUGGCGUGUUGCGGUGUGUGUGUGUCGGAUGGUGAGGAAGAGAACUACAGUUCUAGGGACGAGGCGAAGAACGCGAGGAGAAGAAAUCACGAGCUGACCAAACUCUUGAAGAAACAGCACGCUAUCGACACGAAGAGGCUACGUCUGCUUCUGUUGGGAGCCAGCGAGUCUGGCAAGAGCACCAUCACCAAACAGAUGAAAAUAAUUCACAUCAACGGAUACACCUUCUCUGAAAGACUGGAGAAAAUAAAAGACAUCAACCGUAACGUCAGGGAAUCUAUGUUAAGUAUCGUGGUUGCUAUGCAACUGUUGUCCAUCUCGCUGGAGAGGGAAGAGAACAAGACCAGCUUUGACUUUAUCCUCACGGAGGCUGCCAAGGAGGUCACAGAGUUAUCUGAGGUGUUCUGGGACCACUGUAAGAGCCUGUGGGCAGACGCCGGUGUCCAGCACUGCUACAACCGCUCCCACGAGUACCAGCUGAUCGACAGUGCCAAGUAUUUUUUGGAUAAAAUUGACGAUAUCAGGCGAGCGAACUACGUCCCUUCAGAUCAGGAUAUUCUCAGGGCGCGUGCAAUCACGACCAACAUACAACACAUAGAGUUCCAGGUGGCUGACGGGAAUCACAUGGUCAAAUUUUGUGUGUAUGAUGUCGGUGGCCAACGAGGUGAGAGAAAAAAGUGGAUCCAAGUCUUCGACAACGUGGUGGCCAUCUUGUUUCUGAGCGACACCUCGAGCUUUGACCUGACCCUGAGAGAGGACCAGAGCAAGAACCGUCUGAUGGAGUCCCUGCAGAUCUUUGAACAGGUCUGGAACAACAGAUUUCUCCGGCCAGUCUCCAUCCUACUUUUCCUAAACAAGAUCGACAUCCUCACGGACAAAAUAUCCAGAGGUCGGAGUAUCCGCUAUUUUCUGGAUCAACAUCCGGGCAUAUUUCCCGACUACGAUGAAUUCGAGCCUACUGCCAAUGAAAAGACGGAGUUUUUGGAGUCACUCCCAGCCGGACCCGAACCUCCGACCAGGAAGAGAGGACGCUUAAGCUCCAGGACUGAUGUCAACCCCGAGGCUAUCAAGACGGCAGUGUACAUCAAGUAUUUGUUCACGAAAAUCGUGGGCGGGACCCUGGAACUCAACAAGACCCUGCAGCACCACAACAGGGAGUGGCACCAGAGCCACUCGUGCGCCUGCUUCUACACAUGCGCAGUGGACACGAACAAUGUGAAGAAAGUUCUGGAAGGGUGCCGGACACUCAUUGUCAGGAAAUAUCUGGAGCGGUUCGGCAUCAUUUGAUGUGUCCUCGCCGGCCUUCAUGCGUCCGGACCUGUCCGUGCCCGGACAUCCAUUAUCCGGGUAUUCCCUCAAAUAUCCAGAGGGAUUUCACACCAGGUCGCCACACGAUUGGAUCUGAUUCUUGUAGGCAGCAACCUCCGUGACCUUCAGAAUCCGCACCUGGAAGCCUUGCCUUAAGUACCUGCAAAAGCAUGACCUUUUGACUUUUGACCUAAGGUCAAAAUACACCAACUCUAAUUCCAUCGCCUUGAAUCAGGUUUUAAAUUAACGUACAUUAUUAUUGAAAAACUUACAUUUUCACAGAAGCGGAAUGGACAGUUUAAAAAUAGACGCACGCACCACCGACUGAAUGGAGGGAAUUCCCGUAACGCUUUACAUACUCAUGAGUGUAAAGUUAUUUUUAGUGUGCACAGUUCGAAUUGCGCAUGUUAUACUUUCAUCAGUAUAGUAGUGUAGGCAUAGCCUGCUUGUAUGCUUCGGUAUGCUGUAUGUGAUUUCGUUUGGUUUGACACAGGCAAUGCUUAUUAAUAAAAAAUGCGAAAUAUUUUAAAUAAGAAGCCUUUGCUAAUUUUGAAGUUUUCAAUUAAGGUUUUCAAAUUUGUUUUAAAUUUAACUUUUGAAUUUAUUGCUGUUGUUUUCACAUUUUUUAAAUCUUAGUUAAUGGUUUGUUACGAAGACGGGGUCAACUGCUAAUUUCUGUGAUACUUGCAGUAAGUUUAUGUUAACGUUCACAAAAAUGUAACACGCUUUUGCUCAACGUUACUACCUCGUGUCUAUGUUGUUUUUUGUUCGAAGGUUUCAACCUAAAUUCUUCUAAUUGGCUUGUUUAGGUUGAUACACUAUCUGUACACAUGGGCAGGGGCAGUGAUGCUAAUUAUGACAAAUGUAAUAAAACAAGUUCUGUUGUGUUUAUUUAACCUUUUUUUCCUUCUGAUAAUGAUCUUUCCGUCCGUUUUAUUUUCGAAUAAAA